ACGGCCUUCCUGGACGCUGCAGUGGAGAUGGAACUGUGCAAGGCCUGCACGUUCAACUCCCUCCGCCUGCUGGACCGCAUCUGGGACUCUUCGCUACCGGAAACGCACCCGUCUCCAGCGGAAGUGGGUCCGGGCAACGGGGGCUCGUGGACCCGACGCAAGUAUCUGCGCACGGACCGCCACUACCGCCGCUUCCAGUUGCGUCGCGCCAUCGUGGAAGCUGUCAAGAUCGAGGACGCCAAGGCCGCGCUGCGGAUGGUGCAGUGGCUCUGCACCAAGUUCCACGGCUGCAUCGUCCCCGUCACCGCCGUCCACACAGCUGCGGGCAAAGGGAACCUGGACGUCUUGAAGUUCUUCAAGGCGAUUGAGAUCCCUGGGAGGAGGGACGGAGGCGCAGCCAUGAGGGACGAGAUCGAGAACGACAAGGGCCACGUCGUCCGUUGGGGGCGUCACGAUAUGGAGCACGCCGCUGCCAAUAAGCAGUACGAGACCACUACGUGGCUCUACCAGAACACUUGCGCGCCUCGAGCCAUGAAGAGCACGCUCAUGACGGUGGUGCACCACGGAGACAUCGCGCUGCUCGAGUGGUUUCGUGCUAACUAUCGCACUCUGGGGUUCGACCCGGACACGGAAGAGGAAGAGUACGAGCUGGCGGAAGCAGAUCGUGAUCGUGAGGACUUGGACUUAUACGAUGAGUUCGGGUUCGGGAACGAAGGAGCGCUGACGGGUGAAAACGUGGGGGAGCUCCUGCGAGGGGACCCUGAGGAGUUCAUACGGACGGCAGUGUUUGCCGGUCGUCUUGACGUCUUGAAGUGGAUGGUCCAGAAUGGCUACGUGAACAAGUCGACGUACCUAGCGGUUCGCCCCGCGGUUGAGACCAAUCGCCUCGACAUUGUGGAGUUUCUGAUCAGCAACAAGUUGGUAGAGGCCGGUCGAGCUCUGAGGCUGGAUAUACGGGGGCAAGUUUGA